AUGCUUGUUUAUAUAUUAAGCAAAUCACCGGUUAAAUCUUACAAGUUAUUGGAAACUGUAGAAGAAGAAUUUGAAAAAAAAGCAUCCGAUAAUUAUUUUCUCAUAAAUCAGAUUCGAUGUUCUAUGAAACCAAACUCAAUCUUAAGUCUAGCAUUGACUUUUACUUUGAUUCUCAUAACAUUCAACUUCCACGUAUUGCCGCAAGAUAUUGUUAGGUAUUGUAUAACAAUUAUUUCAAAAUAUAAAAUCUAUUUUGAAAUUUCAGACCUUUGAUUACAUUCUCAACUUCUGGGAUUCUUCUUUUUUCAAAUGGCGACGAUAAAUUUCUAUCAAAUAAAGUUCUCACUUAUAUUGGUGAUAUAUCUUAUUCAUUAUAUUUGAUACAUUGGCCAGUUUAUUCUUACUGGAAACUUACCAAAAAUGGAGAUGUCUCAAGUCUCAUUUAUUGUAUUAUUUUAUCAACUCUUUUUGCAAUUUUCAUUUAUCAUUACUUUGAGAAAUGGUAUAUCAGUUUGUCAUAUCGAAAUGUUCUAAUAUUGAUAGCAAUCAUUUUUGUGGGAAAUUUAGCGACUUUGUAUCAUGAAUCUAUCAGAAAAACAUUUCAAGGAAACACGACGGAUUUCAGUACACUUGAUGGUAUUACUGAUGAUAUGACACUAGAUGAUGCUGAGAAAUUGAACGCAGAUUGGACUGCUCAUGACUAUAGAAAUCUGAUUUUUGACAAAUGCGAAUAUGAAGAUACCAAACCCAUAGGUUGGUGUAAACUUACUGAUUUCGGAAAUGAAUCGAGAAUUGUAAAUCAAAAAUCAAAGUAUAAAAUAAUGGUGAUUGGUAAUAGUUGGGCGGCUAAUCAUGCAAAACUUAUAUAUCAAGAAUGUGGUUAUAAAGCAAAAGUGAUGAUGAUUGGUGCAGCUCACGGGUGUGAACCGCUUUAUCCGUCAAUGAAUUUGGAAAAGUGUAUAAACAAUGUUACGGAUUUUCGAAGACAUGUUGAAAGGUUUAAACCUGAUUAUGCUAUUCAUAUUACAAGGUUGAAAAAGUUUGUCGGGAUCUAUAUUAUUGUAUAUAUUUUCAGACACAUAUCCUAUGGUCUCCCAUUUGUUAAAACAGGUGAUUUUCGAAACGAUCCAGUGUACAGGUUUAUGUGGAAUCAAGCCAAAAUUCUAUUGCAACAUAUCAAGAAUAAGUUUUUUAUUCUGAAUGCAUUUCCGAGAGCUAACGCCACCGAAGUCGGACAAAUUGUGAAAUAUAUUAGACAAAAUAUGACAUUUGUAGAGAUAGAUGUGAGUGAAUUAGAUUUUAUUUGGUUGUUUUGAAUUUUGAACUUUUUAGAAAAAAUUAAUUGAUGAACAUCUACUCGAUAAUGCUCGAGAUAGAUAUUCUCAACUUGUCAAAGAUUGCGGUGAGAAAUGCGAAUUAUUUGAUUAUCUUCCGAAAUUUUAUCGAAACGAUACACAAACUUGGAGAUACUUUGACGAUCGUGGAUUUAGUUUUUUUACUGGCCCAAAUCAUUUAUCUUAUCACGGCUUGGAAUAUGUUAGAGGUGUUAUUAGAGGAAUUUGUGAGAAAAUGUAA